UCAACUCAGACACCCCCAACACCCAGAAUUUCAAAGCUCCAACUGAUUAAGCUGCUCCAGCCAAAACAAAACCGGUCCUUUUCUGAUCUCUCUCUCUCUCUCUCUCUCUCUCUCUCUCUGGAAAUGCCCGAAACCAAUGAAGAUCCAACUCCGGGCCCAAGUCCUAGCAAAUUUGAGAGGCCACCGCUCCUCAAGAAAUUCAAGACAAUCGCAGAACAUGCGGAACCCACUCCUCACUUCCCCGGCCCACUCUUCCCCGCCGUCCGUCGCAUCUCCACACUCCCCAAUUCUCGCUCCUCUCUCAGGCCGUCCGAUCUCCGUGUCUCCGUCACUAACGGUGAUGAUUCCUCCUCUCGACACGACAAUCGUCUCUCCGAUCGCGACUGGAUCUACCCUCCCUUUCUUGGCGCGUAUCCCGCGAGAGGCAGAGCGGUUCCGGUCAAACUUAACUCCACCAAGUCGCGGAAGCUCGAGCAGUCGGAUUCUAGCCUUCCUGGUCGUUCGAUGGAUGUGAGAUUGGCGGAUGAGACGCGCCGUAUUCCGGCCCCUGUUAAUAAGAGCAAUGAUUCUGAUGAUAGGGAUUCGGAUGCUAAGAAGCCGUUUGUGCCGAGUAGUCAAGCUUCGGUGAGUCCACUCAGUGUGUGUAGAACCCGGGGAUUUAAGCAGUCCUUCAUCCUAUAUUUGCUCAGUUUCACUUGUGUAAUAUCUGUACCUUAUGCAGUUUAUCUACAGAACAAAGUCGAAAAACUUCAGGAAGAGAAUGGUAACCUUUAUAGACUUUGUGGUGUUAAAGAGGUUCGUGGUGGAAGCAUGAACGAUUUGCCAUUUGAACAUGAUAGCCCAUUCUCUUAUUUUAGUUGUGCCGCUGGUAGAACUGUUGCCUUGUACACUGUGGUGGUCACACUCAUUAUGCUAUUUCUGCCAUACAAAUAUCUUGACUAUCUUCCUCAAAUCAAAAGUCUUUCGAAGAGGACUAAGAUGAACAAGGAAGAGGUUCCCUUGAAGAAGAGAAUUGCAUACAUGGUGGAUGUAUGUUUCUCUGUAUAUCCUUAUGCAAAGCUACUUGCACUCCUAUUUGCAACUAUAUUUCUUAUAGGGUUUGGUGGAUUGGCAUUAUAUGCGGUCAGCGAGAGUAGCUUUGCCGAGGCUCUUUGGCUUUCCUGGACUUUCGUAGCUGACUCAGGAAAUCAUGCUGACAGGGUUGGCACUGGGCCAAGGAUUGUUUCUGUCUCUAUAAGUUCAGGAGGCAUGCUGAUAUUUGCCAUGAUGCUUGGGCUUGUUUCGGAUGCUAUCUCAGAGAAGGUGGAUUCACUGCGAAAAGGGAAGAGUGAAGUCAUCGAAAGGAACCACAUACUUAUUCUUGGAUGGAGUGAUAAAUUGGGUUCACUCCUGAAGCAACUAGCAAUAGCAAACAAAAGCGUUGGUGGUGGCGUUGUUGUUGUACUUGCAGAACGAGACAAGGAGGAAAUGGAGAUGGAUAUUGCAAAGCUAGAAUUCGACUUGAUGGGGACAUCUGUUAUAUGCAGAAGUGGCAGUCCUCUUAUACUGGCUGACUUAAAGAAGGUGUCAGUUUCAAAGGCACGUGCUAUCAUUGUAUUAGCUUCAGAUGAAAAUGCUGAUCAGAGUGAUGCACGUGCUUUGAGGGUUGUGCUCAGUCUCACUGGAGUGAAAGAGGGUUUGAGGGGUCAUGUUGUUGUGGAGAUGAGUGACCUUGACAAUGAGCCCCUGGUGAAGCUGGUUGGUGGGGAACUUAUUGAAACAGUAGUUGCUCAUGAUGUAAUUGGACGCCUGAUGAUAAAAUGCGCUCUGCAACCUGGCCUUGCACAGGUUUGGGAGGAUAUAUUGGGGUUUGAGAAUGCUGAGUUUUAUAUCAAAAGGUGGCCCCAGUUGGAUGGUCUGCAUUUUGGAGAUGCACUUAUUUCAUUUCCUGAUGCAAUUCCUUGUGGAAUUAAGGUGGCUGCAGAGGGUGGGAAGAUAAUUUUAAAUCCAGAUGACAGUUAUGUUUUGAAAGAAGGGGAUGAAGUCCUUGUUAUAGCUGAGGAUGAUGACACAUAUGCCCCAGGUCCCCUUCCAGAGGUAUGUAGGGGUCUUUUUCGAAAAAUACCUGACCCUCCAAAAUAUCCUGAGAGGAUACUGUUUUGUGGUUGGCGCCGUGACAUUGAUGAUAUGAUUAUGGUUCUAGAGGCAUUUUUAGCUCCAGGUUCAGAACUGUGGAUGUUUAAUGAGGUUCCAGAAAAAGAAAGAGAAAAGAAGCUCACCGAUGGUGAACUUGAUAUAUCUAGGUUAGAGAACAUAAAACUUGUGCACCGUGAGGGGAAUGCUGUUAUUCGAAGGCAUUUAGAGAGUCUUCCCUUGGAGACUUUUGAUUCCAUAUUAAUUCUUGCAGAUGAGUCGCUGGAAGACUCUGUUGUGCAUUCUGACUCACGAUCCCUUGCCACCCUUCUUCUGAUCCGAGAUAUACAGUCAAAACGUCUGCCGUUCAAAGAUAAAAAGUCAACUUCUUUACGGUCAUCUGGGUUCUCCCACAGCUCUUGGAUCCGUGAAAUGCAGCAAGCUUCAGACAAAUCAAUAAUAAUUAGUGAAAUCCUGGAUUCUAGAACAAGAAACCUGGUGUCCGUGUCCAGAAUUAGUGACUAUGUGCUAUCAAAUGAACUGGUUAGUAUGGCACUAGCAAUGGUAGCUGAAGACAAGCAAAUAAAUCGUGUUCUUGAGGAGCUAUUUGCAGAGGAGGGGAAUGAGAUGUGUAUCAAGCCUGCAGAAUUCUAUUUAUUUGACCAGGAGGAACUCCGCUUUUAUGAUAUAAUGAUUAGGGGUCGUCAAAGGCGCGAAAUUGUGAUUGGCUAUCGACUCGCAAAUGCAGAGCUUGCUAUAAUUAACCCUUAUCUGAAAUCAGAACCAAGAAAAUGGUCCCUUGACGAUGUUUUUGUUGUCAUUUCAUGGGGUGAAUGAAAUGCAUAAAAGAGCAGCCCUUUGUACCAAUGGGAUGAAUCCCGUGUUAUUGUUUAGACCAACCUCUGCUACACGGCCUCACCCUUGCCCUUUCAGCCAUGAUAAUAUAUCAAUCUUAACAUUAACAAUUGAGAAGGUUAAGUUCAUCUCAACAAGAAAGCUAUUGGUUAUGUUGGGAAGAAUGUGAAGGGCUCCCUAUUGAAGGUGGUGAGGUGUCUAUUGGCCACAAAAGUUUCUCUGAAGACGUUGAUUAUUGAUUUAUUAUGAUCUGAAGGAAAAUCAUUUUUUGAGAACGCAAGCUUAUUGUAACUUAAUUGGAUUGGAUGAUACACAAUUGUCAGUUGACAACAGCGUGAAAGGUGUAGAGUGACUUGCACAUAUGCUGUAGGCAUGUUUGAUCUUGGUGGAAUGGAUGUAACAAGAUUCUGUGGGAAAAAUUCCCUUUUUAACAGCAUUCUUAUGUAAUAACAAGUUCUUCCUUCUGCUAGGCAUUUUCUGGCGAACAGGUUGAACUCUUCCUUGUAUGGUAGCCAAGUAAGAAACAGGUCCUUUUCCAUAAUUAGAUCAUGUAGAAAUCAAGAGAGCAGUUGAAGAUUGUAAUACUAUUUAGUUGAAUACUAGUAGUUAUUUCAG